UUCUCAUAGUUGUGACACUACUCAGGGCGGCUCCACCCCACGAGGGCCAGAAGAGGAGCGCGCACCUCUGCGGUCCAGAGAGAGCCGACGGAGAGGCCGAGGCGAGACGCUCCGCCGCCGCAGCUCCUGUGAGUGCCAGACGCCAUGCCGGUGCCGGAUCCCCGAGGGGACGCAGGACGAUGGGCCAACGUCAGCUACCGUGUGCGGCAGCCCAGCCAGCCGGAGAUCGCACCCCGGAGGAAGAAGCGGGGCUGGUUCCAUAAAUGCUGCCGAUGCUGCUCGGGCCAGGGGGACGACGGCGGCUGGGGGCCUGCGCCCGGAGAGGUGCCUGGGGCGCGGCGGACGGAUCCCGUCGUCCGGGAGGGCAUGCUGGUAAUCAGCGGGAUUGAUCUGAUGAGCAGUCGAUCUGGGAGCAACCGCCGCGCUCACCACACAGAUGAAUUUGAGUACGACAACCUCAUAAUCCGCCGUGGGCAACCCUUUGAUAUGAAGCUCCAAUUCCGGCAGCCCUAUGACCCCGAGGAGCACCGCAUUUGCCUCGAGUUCCUCAUUGGUCCUUCACCCCAAGUCUCCAAGGGCACCCACAUUCUGGUCCCCGUGGGCAGCUCCCUCUCCGGCAUGGGCUGGUCGGCGGAGGUGACCGACACCGGAAACAACAGCAUAUCCCUCCGGGUCUGCACAUCCCCCAACGCAGUGAUCGGCAAGUACCAGUUCAGCGUCAAGACGCGGAGCAAGGCAGGCGAAUACCCGGCGCCCUUUGACCCCCGCAACGAGGUCUACAUCCUUUUCAACCCCUGGUGCCCUGAGGAUCCCGUGUAUCUGGAGCAGACCAGGUCCUUAGAGGAAUAUGUCCUGAAUGAGACCGGAAGAAUCUACUACGGGACUGAAAGCCAGAUUGGGGAAAGAACAUGGAACUAUGCUCAGUUCGACCAAGGCAUCCUCGACGCCUGCCUGUACAUGCUGGACCGGCGUGGGAUGCCCCAUGCGAGUCGGGGGGACCCGAUUAUGGUCUCCCGCGUCGUGUCUGCCAUGGUGAACUCCCUGGAUGACAACGGGGUGCUGGUGGGCAACUGGACAGGCGACUAUUCCCGCGGCACCAACCCUUCAGCCUGGGUGGGCAGCCGCGACAUCCUCUUGCAGUACCACAAAUCGGGAUAUCCUGUUCUUUACGGCCAGUGCUGGGUGUUUGCUGGAGUCGUGACCACAGUGCUGCGGUGCCUGGGCAUCGCCACGCGGACAGUCACCAACUACAACUCGGCACACGACACGGACGUCAGCCUGACCAUGGACAUCUAUUUUGAUGAGAACAUGAAGCCGCUGGAAAACCUCAAUGCGGACUCCGUCUGGAAUUUCCAUGUCUGGAACGACUGCUGGAUGAAACGGCCGGAUCUACCGUCUGGAUAUGAUGGGUGGCAGGUGGUGGAUGCCACCCCGCAGGAGUCCAGCAGUGGCAUCUUCUGCUGUGGACCUUGCUCCGUGGAGGCCAUCAAGAACGGUUUGGUCUACAUGAAAUACGACGCCUCUUUCUGCUUUGCCGAGGUGAACAGCGACAAGGUGUACUGGCAACGCCAGUCGGACGGGAGCUUCAAGAUCGUCUAUGUGGAGGAAAAGGCCAUCGGGCACCUCAUCAGCACCAAGGCGGUGGGCUCAGACAGGCGCCACGACAUCACUGAGCUUUACAAGCACCCCGAAGGCUCCGAGGCCGAGCGCAAGGCAGUAGAAACGGCAGCCAAGCACGGCACCAAAGCCCACAUCUACACCAACAAGGAGUGGGGAGAGGACAUCUCCCUGACGGUGGACACCAAGGAGGCCUACACGGGCCAGAACAUCUCCUUGCGGGUCAACCUGAAGAACCGCUGCUCCAUGCCCCGCAGCGUCUCUCUCAACCUCUUCGUGGCCGUCAUGUACUACACAGGUGUCACUGGCCGCAACUUCAAAGAGGAGCAGCGCCAAGUCCAGGUCCCAGCAGGUGGAGCCCAGGCAGUUCCCAUGGUGGUCUCCUACCUUGAGUACAAGCCUCACCUGGUGGACCAGGGGGCCAUGAAGCUCAGCAUCUCCGGCAAGGUGGCCGAAACCGGGCAGGUCCUCGCGAAGGAACACACCUUCCGUCUGCGCACGCCCGACCUCACCCUGACGCUGCUGGGCCCUGCGAUUGUCGGCCAGGAGACCCAAGUGCAGAUCGUUUUCAAGAACCCGCUUCCCGUGACCCUGACUGGCGCCAUCUUCCACAUGGAGGGAUCGGGGCUUUCCACCCCCAAGACAAUGACUGUGGGGAAUAUCGGCCCGCACCAAACGGUGACGCUCCGCCAGACUUUCACGCCGCUGCGCGCGGGCCAACGCCAGCUGGUGGCCAGCCUGGACAGCCCACAGCUCUCCCAGGUCCACGGCGUGCUGACGGUCAAUGUGACGCAGGGCCCCCCGCCCGGUCCAUCAGCAUCUUCAGCCCCUGCCCGGGGGUCGCCCACCCCUGCCCGGGGGUCACCCACCCCUGCCAGAGCUUCCCCCGGCCUCAACCGGGCCUCUCCCGCGAGGCAGCCGGCCGGCCGCAGCAGCCCAGCGAACGCACGCCGAUCCCCCGGCCGGGGCUCCCCCUCGCGCCAGCCGGAUCCCCGAGCAUCUCCCAACACCCGUGGCUCGCCUGGGGCGAACAGGGCCGGGCGAACAGGGCGUCCGGUGUGAGCCAAAUCUUAGUGAUCACCUACUGUGUAAUUUUGCUACAGUGCUGGCAGAACUGGGAGGGCAAAACGGAGUGUGGGGAGGAUCUGCGUGAGACACGGAGCCAUGGCAGUGGAGAGGGGGUGUCGGUGAAAACGAAUAAUAAGGCAUGUAGCCCCUCCGUCCGUCCGUCCGCCCGUCCCUGAGGAGCAUCCUCAUGUCCGUCCGCCCCUUCUGUUUUCCACCUUCCCGUCACCUCCACUCGCCUUAUGCCAUUCCUCUGCUCUGACAUCCCUUCUGUAUCCCAGUCUCCCCACAAGCGCUUGGGGUCUCUGCCCAUCCACAUCCGGACUUCUGGCUGCUUCCCUCUGACUGUCCAUCCGUCCACGUGUGACCCCCCCUUCCCACCAAUUCUGUUUGCCACCCUUCCCACAGCGUAGUCUCACCGAGUUGUGUCCCCUCCGUAGUUCCACCAGCAAACGGUUACACCACCACCUUCACCACCCUGCACCCCCAACACCACCCACAACCACCCCCUCCUGAUUCUUGGGGUCCCCUAAUUUUUUUUAUAGCUUGCUUUUUUUUUUUUUUCCACUGUGACUCUUUUUAAAAAAUCUACACUGAACCUCACUUGAGCAAACCCACUCCCAAUCUGGGGUGUAUCCACGAGAGUUACCCAGACGUCUUCCUCCGGACCCUUUCCACUUAUUUCGGUCCCUGCUUUGGGAAAUUAAUUUGUAUAAGCUUGACAGAGGGGUUUAAAAAAAAUAAAGGAAACACCCUAAGAAAUGCAACUUGGGGCAGGGAGCUGCACGAGGAAGACAAAUUCAUAUAAAAGUGUAUUGAUUUUGGCCUAUGUCAGUUUGCCUUUCCUCAUUUCUUAAAUAUAUGCACUUAGAAAAUGGCCAUUAUCUUCCUUAAUUAGCAAGACUGCAAAGCUGUUUUCCUUAGAAGCCAACUUAAGAGACAAAAGCCCAAAGGAAAUGUUUGGAACCAGCCACCCAACCGUCCUGAUUGUGAGAUUAAGCGAAUUGUGCUAUAUUUAAACGAUGGAACGAAGCCAAAUAAUCUUGUGAUUUUUUUUCCUGCGUACUAAUAUAGGUAUUUAUUUGAUAAUAAAUGGUUUUUAACUCAAAGCAA